GGAUUUUUGACGAUCAAUGAGCUCAGCGCUAGGUUUAGGAACUUACCGGUUAUCAACCUUCAUACAAUUUUGAAUUAAGUUAGCAAAAGGAUAAAGGAGGAGGUGCUGCUAUCUAGGGAUGUGUGGGAGUUGUCAGCUCUUCGUGGUUCCAUUACUCUCGGAGUAGCCGUCCAACAGGAUGUAUUUCGGACUCGCUUUGCUUCCUUUGUUGUUUCUAGCUUCACUAACACGUGGAGAACAGGAACUACUGGUAACAAAGCAAGUAUAUUUCGACAUAACGAUUGGAGGAAAAGAUGCCGGUAGGAUUGUCAUUGGAUUGUUUGGUCAAGACGUGCCUAAAACUGUUAACAAUUUCUAUAAAAUCACUACGAAAGGAAUAAAGGGGAGAACAUAUGCCGGAUCUAGGUUCCACCGUGUCAUCAAGAAGUUCAUGAUUCAGGGUGGAGAUAUUGUGAAUGGAGAUGGAACUGGGUUAACAAGUGUCUACGGCCAUGCAUUCGAGGAUGAAAACUUCAAUCUCAAGCACACCGGAGCAGGUUUCCUGAGCAUGGCGAAUAGUGGCCCAAAUUCCAAUGGAUCACAAUUUUUUAUUACGACUAUCCAAACACCUUGGCUAGAUGGACAUCAUGUUGUUUUUGGAAAGGUGAUCGAAGGCCAACGUAUAGUUCACACCAUCGAAAAUCUUAGAACAGAUAACGAUGACGCACCUUUAACUGAAGUUAGAAUUAAAGCUUGUGGAGAAGUUCCAACACCUCAACCCUUCCUUAUAAGAAACGACUGGCAGACACUUCUUAAGGCCUCUGUGGUUCCUCUUGGGAUGUCAUUUACUAUACUGGCUAUAUUCCAAUUUUUCAUGAGGAACCUUAAAGUUGACUGAGAAUAGUUUCUUAUUUACAAACAUUUGGAACAUAAGUAGUAUGUUCUUUAUGGUAUUUAUUACACAUGUUUAGUAUUAAUUUGAAGUGUGAUAUAGUUAUAAGCACUUAUUUCAAAUGUAAAAUAAUAUAAGGAACCCAUAAAUAAUAUUACAACUGAAGGUUUUCUUAUAUUCUCCAUAGUGGCUAAGAAGAAAUGUGUAAAUCAUGAAAAUAAAAUAUAGAAAUGUUAAAUCUAUUGUAUGUUUAUAUAUUUUUUUGUAAUACAGAUUUCCCAACACUUGAACAAUACUAUAAUUGAAAAGUUAUAGAAUAGUGGGUCAUUUGAACUACAUAAAUUAAAGUUCACACUUUUAAAAAUGUACCUUUUUCAUUCUUAGUGUAUUAUAUUAACAUACUUAUUUUAUCGCUCUGAAAUUCAUUUCAAAAUUAAGUAUAAUCUAUAUUGAUAGUUUUAUUACUUAAUGUGAGAUAUUAUAACAAUAUAAAUAAAAUUUCAAGAAUAA